AUGCGUUUCACUACUGCCACUAUCGCCCUCUUCGCCAGCUUGGCCAUUGCCGCCCCCGGUGCCGACAAGACCGUCUAUGAGACCGAUGAGGUGACCAUCACCUCUUGCGCUCCCACUGUCACCAACUGCCCCGGCAACAGCGGUGCCGGUGUUGAGCCUACCGGCAGCACCACCCCCUCCAGCGUCCCCGCCGCUGUCACCAGCGCUGCCACCACCCCCGCUGGUGAGGCCUCCGAGACCCCUUCUGCGUCUACUGAGACCCCUGCCGCGUCCGCUGAGACCCCCGCUUCGUCCGUUGACAUCCCCGCCUCGUCUUCUGAGACCCCUGUCUGGUCCUCCGAGACCCCCGCCUGGUCCUCCGUCCCCACCUGGGCUCCCUCCAGCGCCCCCAGCGUUCCUGCUAGCGUUCCCAGCGUUCCCGCCAGCGUCCCCAGCGCUCCUGCUGGCACCGCCCCGGUCUCCUCCACCGUGAUUGCUAUCACCACCUGCGUGCCCACCGUUAUCUACUCGACCGUGCCCGUGUCCGCUGCUGCCACUACCCCCGCUGCUAGCGUCAUCCCCCACGGCCCCACCGGUGGUGUUCCCCACGUUCCCUCCAGCAGCAAGGGUGUCGCCACUGGCACCGUCCCUGUUUCUCCCGCCACCUCCUCCCCUGCUUUCAACGCUGGUGCUACCCUCAGCGGCUCCCUCGGCUUCGCCGGUGCCGCCGCCGUUGCUGCCUUCUUCCUGUAA